AUCCAAAACAAUUUCUAUCCUGACUCAAUUCCCCCAUCACACCUGAAUAAAUAAACAAAAUUUCACUUCAAGAAUAAUAAUUCAAUUUCUUUUUUAAAACUCAGCCCCUGUCCGACUGGCUUUACGGGAAAUGGUUUCUAUUGUAUUGACAUAAAUGAAUGCGAAGAAAAUAAUGGCGGUUGUAGCACAUCACCUAAAGUUGAAUGUAUAAAUACCCAAGGUUCAUUCCGGUGAGAUUUCAAUUCAUUAUCGUUUCGUGUUUCAUUGUUGCGGUCAUUAAAUUUAUUAUACUUUCUUUUGCCUAACCGCAGUUGUGGAAGCUGUCCACUCGGUUUUGAAGGAGAUGGAAAAACAUGCUUACCAUCAUCCCGUCCCAUACCAUCACGUUUAAAUCAAUGUGCAGAUGGAAGUAUUUGUAGUCCAAAUGCUGCAUGCUAUCAAUAUCCAAAUUCACCACCAACUUGCAUCUGUAAGUUUGGCUACAAAGGAAGUGGAUAUGGUGAGAAUGGAUGUGUCCCGCACACAGUCGAUCCAUGUGAUGCUCUUUGGUGUAAAAAUGGCGGUACGUGCAUGAAAAAUGGAACAACAGCAUACUGUUCAUGUCCAUCGGGAACAAAUCCACCUUUAUGUGACCGAACGACAAAUCUAUGUGAACCAAAUCCAUGUAAGAACGGCGGCAAUUGUACAACAACGAGAUUUUCAAGCUUCAUUCGAUGUGCAUGCCCGCGUGGCUUCUCAGGAAACAGAUGUCAAAAUCAAGCAUCAACAUGUGGAGGCGUAUUAAAUUCUCUAAAUGGAACACUUGCUUAUCCAGCUGAUCCAAAAGCAGCAUCAUAUAAUCAUAAUUCACGCUGUGCAUGGCUUAUUAAAACUAAUCAUACGAAAGUAUUAAAUAUCACAUUCCAAAAAUUCGAUAUUGAGUUCACAACCGAUUGUCGGUAUGAUUGGCUUCAGAUCCACGAUGGACGUACAGCAGCAUCACAUUUGAUAGGUCGCUUUUGUGGCAACAUGACGAGGCUUCCGAAUGGUGGAAAUAUCAUGAGCACACACAACCAACUUUAUUUAUGGUUCAGAUCCGAUAAUAGCACAGCACAUGCAGGCUUUGAGCUAUCAUGGGAAUCAAUAACUCCAAAAUGCGGUAAAGAGAUGAAUGUAACAGGACAUGGAACAAUAUCAUCGCCUGGUGCACCUGGUAACUAUCCGAUCAAUCGAGAUUGCGAGUGGAAAUUUCUCGCACCACCUGGAAAGCGGAUACAAUUUCUAUUUUAUACUUUAAUGAUUGAGUCUCAUGCAACGUGCGGAUUUGAUUACUUAGAAAUUCAUAGUGGUGUGGGAAUUGAAACGCCGAGCUUGGGGAAAUAUUGUAAUUCAACAGUUCCAGCGCCCGUUUUAACACCUGGAAAUACCGCAACAAUACAUUUUCAUUCAGAUGGUGAUGGAAGUGAUGCUGGUUUUCAAAUUGCAUAUUCGGUUAUUGAGGGUAUUCCUGGUUGUGGUGGAAUAUAUACAGCGCCAAGAGGUGACCUAUCAUCACCUACAGAUAUUGCAACCGGAAGCUAUAAGAAUAAUUUGGUGUGCGAUUAUGUCAUUCAAAUGCCAACGGACUCGAGAGUGAGGAUUGAAUUUAAGAAAUUUAAUUUGGAGGAAAGUUCGACAUGCAAGUUUGAUCGAGUUGAAAUUUUCGAAGGAUCUGAAAUGAAUGACGAUGACACCUUAAUAGGUCGUUACUGUGGAACACAAAAGCCACCAAUCAUAAUUUCACAAACAAACAUCCUGACAGUAAAAUUUACUACAGAUUGGUCACAAUCAGAUGACGGGUUCCAAAUGCAGUAUCGAUUGAUUUGUGGAGGUAUAUAUACGGCUGAAUCUGGAUAUUUACAGUCACCAAACUAUCCGAACAACUACGAAGGUGAUCGAAGCUGCGAAUAUGAUAUUAUAGCACCGCAGGGAAAAAUUAUUGUUCUUAAUGUCCUCGAUUUUGAUAUUGAACAGCACUCAACAUGUGAAUUUGAUUAUCUACAAAUAUUUGAUGGCAGCAAAGCAGACAAUGCAACAACACUUGGAAAAUUUUGCGGUGACAAAAAGCCAGGAAUUUUCACAUCAUCAUUCAAUCACCUGCACAUUGAAUUUGCAUCAGAUGCGUCUGUAUUUGGACGUGGAUUUAAGGCUAACUAUACAUUUGUCGAUAUUGAAUGUGGAGGUUUAAUAAGAGACAGUAAAGAGACAGUCAAACCUCCAAUGGACACGGCAACUGAUGUUUAUAAACCAAAUCUUCAAUGUCGAUGGCUUAUCGAAGCUCCCGAAGGCUUUGUCAUUCAAAUGAACAUCAUAAAUUUUGAUUUGGAACUCGACACGCAAUGCAAAUAUGACUACAUUAAAAUAUUCAAUAAUGGCUCUGGAAAUGGUGAUCAAAUUGGACCGUUUUGCGGAUCGAAUGCUCCAAAAGUCAUAACAACUGUUGACAAUCUAGCAACAAUUUUGUUUGUCACUGACUCGUCAACAUCAAAGGAUGGAUUUACAAUAACGUUCAAUUUUAUAGAGUCGUCAAAAUUAUGCGGAGGCAAUUUCUUCACAACACGUGGCAAGCUUAGAAGUCCUGGUCAAUCAGGUUAUUUGGCAAACAAAGACUGUGAAUGGACAAUAACAGCACCAAAUGGAUAUCAAGUUCAAUUGACUUUUAAUUAUUUUGAGAUGGAAACUCAUGAGGCAUGCAAAUUUGAUGGAUUAGAGAUAAGGAAUGGUGGAUCUAAACUAGCACCACUUCUCGGAAAAUUCUGUGGUGAAAAGCUCCCUCCACCAUUCAAGUCAAUGAGCAAUCAACUGUAUUUACGUUUCUACUCAGACUCGAGUCGUAAUGGUAAGGGAUUUGAGAUAGAAUGGGAUGCGACAACGUUUGGAUGUGGCGGUGUCCUAUCAACAGCAAAAGGUGCAAUUCAAAGUCCAAAUUAUCCAGUCUCAUAUCCACACAAUUCCCAAUGUGAGUGGAGAAUUUCAGUAAAUGAAGGCUCAUCAAUACAGAUUGUCUUUUCGGAUCUCGACUUGGAGCAGCAUGUUGAGUGCAAAUAUGACUUUUUGGAGAUUUUUGAUGGCACUGAUGCCAGUGCUAAAAGCUUUGGGAAAUUCUGCUCAAGUGAACAUCAUCCGAUUCAUAUAGAGACAAGCGGAAAUCAUGCAAUGAUACGUAUGAAUACAGAUGAGUCUCAUUCAGGACGAGGUUUUCAUAUUAAGUACUCGGCAAAUUGUAAUCGAACGAUUGAAUCUGACACAGGAAUCAUUGAGUCAUUGAAUUUCCCACAAGAAUAUCCAAACAAUCUCGACUGUGCAUGGACAAUUAAAGUGUCAAAAGGAAAUCGAGUUAACAUGCAAUUCUCUCACUUUAAUCUGGAAAAUGAUAAUCUAUAUCAUAAUGAAACCAACGAGCACAUUUGCAAAUACGAUUAUGUGACAAUUUAUGAUUAUGAUUAUGAGGCAAAGGAGAAAAAGACGCAGACAUUGAAAACUUACUGCAAUAAAGCUCCGGAAAUUCGUAAUAGUUCAACUGAUGCAGUUGUUGUCAUGUUCCACACAGACCCAGCAGCAGUAAGCACAGGCUUUCGUCUUGAAUGGUAUAAUGAAGGUUGCGGCGGUAAAUUGACACAUCCUUCCGGUAGUCUUACAUCUCCUAAUUAUCCACGACGCUACGAAAACGAAAUAAUUUGUAUAUGGGAAAUUGCUGUUGAGUAUGGCUACAAUAUAAAUCUGACUGUCCAAAGCAUGGAAAUGGAAAAGUCUGUGAGCUGUGAAUUUGAUUCAUUGCUUAUUGCUCACGAUCGAAGCUUUAAUAAUACAAUAAUGAAAGUUUGUGAGAGUACAAGGAAUCCAUUGGUUGUUACUAUUGAUGGACAUCAAGCUUUUGUGAAAUUUGAAUCCGAUGAAUCGCAUAAUGAGAAAGGUUUCAACAUCACGUACGAAAGUAUUGUGUCAGAUUGCGGUGGCGUUUUCAUAGCAACAAAUGGAGUCAUUAAGACUUCUUCAUAUCCAACAAAGAACUAUGAUAAUAAUAAGUACUGUGAAUGGAAAAUUAAGACAGACCUUGCUCAUCGAGUGACAUUCCAGUUGACUAAUUUUGAUAUUGAAAGCAGCCCGAACUGUACAAAGGAUGUGCUGGAAAUUUAUGAUCCAAUCUUUGAUGAAGUUCUGUUUAAAGGAUGUGGAGGCUUUGAGACAUUAAAUGUCACUAAAUUUUCAUCAAAAAGGAACGAACUUGUUGUCCGAUUAAUCAGUGACGCAACAAUCAAUGCAAAAGGUUUCAUUGGCAACUUCUCAGUCAGUUGUGGCUCAAGAAUUAUUGCAAAUGACACUGGUGAAAUAAUCUAUAGACCAACUGGAGAUUCAAGUGAUUGUUAUUGGACAUUUAUAGCCGGCGAUCCAUCAAAACAUGUCACGUUGACUUUUACAUAUUCGAGAAUAUUCUUUGACAUGGAAAUGGAAUGUUUCUCGAGGGUUCACGUGUACGAAGGCGACGUUGGAUCACUUGGUGCGGAACGAGUUAAAUUUUGCGGAUCAAAAAUACCCCCGGCAAUUGUCAGCCAUGGAAACUCGUUGACUGUGUAUUUAAAUACAACAUCAAUGAGCUCAUUAUCAGAAUUUGAUAUUCACUACUCAGUGCUCGAUAAUGCAUGUGGUGGAAUUUACAAAAACAGCAUACAAGGAGAGUUUGGAUCACCAAAUUAUCCCGAAUCGAGUCCAUUGAAUACAUAUUGUGUGUGGACGAUAUCAGCAAGUGCUGGCAAUUUGCUUACAUUAGAAAUCAAGGAUAUAGACAUCACAACCUCCGAAAAUUGUAAUGAAAAUUACUUAGAGAUACGCAAGGUUGAUGCUAAUGGUGACUUAGUAGGACUAUUUUGUGGAAAGGAAGUGACGAAAAAUCUCGCAAACUCUAGGGGUUAUUGGAUUAAGUAUAGAACAGGAGAUUUAUCAGCAAGUAAUGGAUUUUUGGCUAAAUUUAAAUAUGCAGCACAUUCAAACUUGGAUGGGGAGUCGGGUGCUAUUGAGUCACCAAAUUAUCCAUAUUUACAAAGAGGAUUAGUCGCUUAUACUUAUAGAAUAUCAGUCACUCAAGGUUUUGUGAUAAGAAUAGACUUUAAAGAAUUUUACAUGAAUGAAGAUGAUCCAGAAGACUGCAUGUCGUACCUUAAAAUCUAUAAUGGAUAUGAUGAAACAGCACCACCUUUAUCUGAUGAGAUCUGCUAUGAACAUGCUGACGCUUUCAUUUCUGAAGCUAAUAUUGUGUAUAUAGAGCUUCAUCAUUCUGCUUUUGGAAAGUCAAGGUUUCGUCUUGAAUGGAGUCAAGUGGAAAAAAAUGCGACAGCCGAGAACUACACAAUGGAAGGUUGUGGAAAGGAAGUGAUAUCACUAAACAAUGUAAAUGAGUUUAUAAAUAUCACAUCACCUGGAUAUCCAUUUGGCUAUAACUCAACAAUGGAUUGUGAAUGGACAAUUGUGUCAGGACUUACUUCAUAUCAUCCAAUUCUUCAAUUUAUUGACGUUGAUCUUGAGGAUAUAACAGAUUGUAAUGGUGAUUUUGCAAAAGUAUCACUUAGUGAACCUGGUAAUAAAUGGCGUAAGGCUGCAAAGAUUUGUCAAAUGGACAUACGAGAGCGCAGAUCUUUCCAUGGAACUCCAAAUGUCAAACUUGAUUUUCAUUCAGAUUACAGUCAAAAUGAGACUGGAUUUGCAGCUGUUACAUUCCUUUAUUGUGGAAGUGUCUUUACAAGUCCUGAUGGAAUUAUCGAAUUUGAUACUAUGAAGAAUCCUGGACUUCGUUCUCAAAACUGUAUGUGGAAUAUUACAGUCGCUCGUGGACGUAAAAUUAAACUUGAAUUCUUAGAAUUAAACAUCAAAAAUAUUACAGGCGGGUGUGAUGGUUAUGUGAUGAUCAAAAAUGGACAUGAUGAUUCUGCUCCAUAUCUUGGAACUGGCCAAUACUGCACAGAUAAAAGUGUUGAAAUUCCAAUGACGUCAGGGAAUCGAGCCUUUAUAAAGUACAAAACAUUCUCGCCAUACAGAAAUACAUUCCGAUUAAGAUACACGGAAGUGCAGCACGAAUGUGGUGGACAAGUUACGCUCUCAUCGGCAUAUUCAUCAUCAAUUAUUAGUUCUCCGAAUUAUCCAAAUAUUCCACAACCACACAUUGAAUGUACAUGGAUAAUUGUAGCUCCAGCUGGUGAACGUAUUCGCAUUGACUUCCUCGACAGAUUUGACUUGAUGGUGAGCAGUUCGUGUGAAAAAGAAUUUGUGGAACUUCGGGAAGGCUCAACGAUGGCAGCAAGUCUGAUUGAAACAUUCUGUGGAAAUAAGAAUCCACCAACAAAAUACACAAAAUCAAACGUCUUACGCGUGAAAUUCUUUACUGACAUUCCGGAACCGAAAAAUGGAUUCAAAGCUAAUGUUUCCAUUGGAGUUUGUGGAGGAACUUUGAGAACAUCUGACAUUGGAUAUCUUACAUCACCAAAAUAUCCUGGAGUUGGAGCAUAUCCAAGUAAUACAACCUGUGAAUAUAGAAUCAUUGGACCAGUAAAUAAUCUAUUCACGAUUAAGAUUCUCGACUUAGACCUGCCAUUUGAUGCUGAAGAAUUUGAUUCCAAUGAAAAUGGCAACAAGACCUGCAACCUAGAAAAAGAUCAUAUUAAGAUUUAUUCAAUCGUUCCAGAUGGAAAUUCAACAAAUGGUGAAAGUUCUAUGCAACUUGGAACAUACUGUGGAAACACAAUUCCAUCCGGUACCAUUAUGAGUGAAUCUAAUGAGAUUUUAAUUAAGUUUAGGACUUUCAAAAAGACAUCAAAGCUUUAUAGAGGCUUUAGACUCUUCUACAAUGCCUCAAAACUAAGCUGCGGUGGUGAAAUCAAUUCAGAUUCAGGAUUUAUAACAAGUGUUGGAUAUCCAUCGAGAACGCUAACAAGAGCAUUCUGUGAAUGGAAGAUUACAGUCACGAAAGGAAAGAGAGUUGCUCUAGAGUUCGUAGACAUUGACAUAAUCAACACUGGAAACAGAUUUGCACAAAGGAUUGGCAUCUACAAUGACUUCCAUUAUUCCAAUAGAAUGAUGUUUGUUACAAACAGCACAAAUCCAGGAAUAAUCAAAUCAAGUGACAAUAAAAUUAUGGUCACAUCCUGGAUCAGAAUGAGCUCACCAAAUCGUGGAUUUAAGAUUAAGUUCACUAGUGACGAGGACACAGUUUGCUUUGGAGACAUGAAUCAAUUAGAAGGUUCCAUUUAUCCACCACCUGACAUGGAAUUGAUUGCUUUUUCAUGCAGCUACUCGCGUAUUGAUCAACCAAUUAUCCCAUCAGCACCAAAUACAGGAACACUAGCUUAUUACUUCUCAAACUUGCAAGUUGGAAGGCGAUUGACAAACUGUCGAUAUGCAGCAACAGUCAUCAAUGUUAUAAGGGAAUCAGGCGUUAAGGAGAGUGACAGAUACCUUGGAAGACUUUGUGGAAAUAGCACAGAAAGGAAGAACAUUAUAUCUCCAUUCCCAGAUGUAAAGAUUGAAGUUAAGCAGAGUCCAUACUUUGGUAAAGUUGGAUUUAAUUUAAACUACAAGACUCAUAAAUGUGGUGGAAUUUUCAAGUCAGGAACGCAAAUAAUUAAGAAUCUUCCAGCUGAUACAGCUAAUUAUGCAGUUCUCGACUGUGCUUGGUAUAUUAAGUAUGAGGAAGGAUUUAGUGUUGCAAUUACUGUCAAUAAAUUGAACCUUAAACUUUCAUGUGAUCAGGAAUACUUAAUAAUUUACAACGGACCAACGCCAGCAAGUCCAUCUCUAGUUAAAUUAUGUGGAAAUGAGUUUAAUAGCGAUCAACUGCUGUCUCAACGGGAGUCAAUAUUAAUUGAGUAUCACACUGAGAACUUCAAUGGAGCCAGCAAAGAUUCACAAUUUGAAAUUAAGGCUGAAACUUCAUCGUUUGGAUGUGGCGGGAUUUUAAAUCAAUUUACAAAUAAAUUUUCGACUCCACUUUAUGAUAAGCCAUAUCCAGCAAAUACCGAGUGUGUUUGGGAGAUUCGAGCUGAUGCUGGAUUCAGAGUUGGACUUAAAUUCUCUGGAAGGUUUUAUAUUGAGGAAUCAACAAACUGUACAAAGGAUUAUGUUGAGAUUCAUGACUAUGUCGACAAUGAAUGGAAGGUGAUAAGCAGAUUCUGUGGACGAGACACACCAAAACCAAUAAAUUCAACAUACACACGCCUCAAAGUCAUUUUCCAUUCAGAUGAAGCUAUCAAUGGUGAUGGAUUUAAUGCUGAAUGGGAAGAAGUUUGUGGUGGACUAAUAAGCGUUGACAGAACUAUUAGAAUUUUGACAAGUCCGAAAUAUCCAAAGAACUAUCCACCUGGACUUAUCUGUAACUAUACAUUUGUGUCAUCGAUUCCUGAUGCGUUUUUAAAUUUAAAGUUCUUGGACUUUGACAUUGAGUCAGCAAGUGGCAAGUGUAUUUAUGACAACAUCACAUUAAGUAGAAUCAUGGAAUAUGGCAUGCUGGAUGGAAAGAUUGGAACAUUCUGUGGAACAAUAAAUCCUGGAUCCUUCAGGUACAAAGAACCAAUGUCAUUGAUCCUUAAAACUGAUAAAUGGAUUGAAAAGAAAGGCUUCCAGGUGCAAUACAAUCUCGAUUCAUGCGGUGGAAUCAUCAAAAACUCAACAGUCAUAACAUCCCCAAAGAAUCUUAGAGCUAACAUUAAGAAUAUGUGGGAAUAUUUAGGAAGCUUAGUAUGCGUCUGGAAUAUUUCAGCACCAGCUGAUAAGAAAAUUGUCAUUAAAUUCGAAAAGAUUGAUCUUGAUUACUCUGAAAUCUGUUCCUAUGAUAAUGUCGAAAUCUUCAAAGGUAAAUUGGACAAUGACACAUUCAGGCUUGCAAAACUUUGUGGAAAUGUUACAGUUCGUCCAAUUGUGAUUGACAGUAAUGAAGCUGUAAUUAAGUUAAGAACAGAUCAGGUAAGAGAUAACAGUGGCUUUACUGCAUCUAUAACAUUCCAACAGCAAUGUGACGAGAAAAUCAUCCUGACUAAAAAUAAUGCAACUUACGUGAUUGAUAAGACCAACCAGCAGAAUGCAAACAACCUCGAAUGCAUCUUUAAAAUCACAGCUGAGCCACGAAGUGUUAUUAGAUUAUCAUUCAAUCAGAUCCAUUUAUCCAUCUGUGAUCCUGACAAGCCACAUGAUAAUAAUAUACCUGGCCAUAUUUGGAACUGCAGCUGUGAUUAUGUGGAGAUACUUAAUGGAAAUGGACCAUUUAGUGAGUCUAUAGGUAGAUUCUGUGGACAUGACGUACCAAAUGAUGUAAUAACGACUGUUCCUGCUGCUUAUGUUAGGUUUGUCACAGACUCCAUAAGAUCAAGUACAGGAUUUAAAAUGACUGCCCAAAUGAUAGAAUCACCAUGUGGAUCUAAGCCUUACUACAACUUCAGUAUGCAUUUUAAUGAGACAUUCACAAUUGAAUCUCCAAAAGCUCUUAAUUCUGUCAAAUAUCCACCAAACAUUCGAUGUGAGUGGACGAUUGAGGCACCGAUGAGGAACGAUCUUGAAAUUAGAUUUUCAAGAUUUGAGCUUGAGGAAUCAGACAAUUGUUCCAGUGACAGCUUAAGAAUUGAGGACAGUCAGAUUAGUGAAUAUGUACUAGAAGGGCUUGGUCAAGAAAUCAUUUACAAAGGCAAGCACACCUUUACAAUAAAUCCAUCAUUUUACAUGGGAGUUUCAGGUCCAAAUGCUCCUCAUAUCUAUUGUGGCGCAAACAUUCCACAUGAUUACUACUCAACAAGUGAAAAAAUCAAAAUCAUGUUUACUUCCAAUUCUGAAAAUGAAUUUUCCGGAUUCAAAAUGGACAUUAAAGCAGUCAGCGUCUGCUCAAGAACAUUCACAGCCCUUCAAGGACGCAUCAUCUCGGAUAGUAAAGCUGAAAGCUGUCAAACAUCAAUAAAUGUGCCUGCAGACUAUACAAUCUCCCUUUAUUUCUAUCGAUUUAUGUUCUAUCAGAAUGAUUGCGAGAAAGCUUUUAUGAAAGUUUAUGAUGGAGACUUUGAGAACGGUGCACUUUUAAAGACACUUUGUGGCUAUGCUACUCCCAAUCCGAUAUUCUCAACUGGGAAUCAACUUUCGAUUCUCGUACAAUAUGAGAAAGAUGCAACAUCGUUCAGUCGAGGAAUGUAUGAUAUUUUAUAUGUGGCUUCUGAGAAAGUCAAGGGACCCGGUUGUGGUGGUGAAAUUUUCAAUUAUGGUGGAAUGUUUAGCAGUCCUUCAUAUCCGAGCAAUAAUCGAACGAACUUUGACUGCACUUGGACAGUUUCCGUCCCACAAAAUCUAAAAAUGGCACUUAAGUUUACUGUAUUUGACAUGGGAUCAAAAUUGACAUGUGAGAACGAUUAUGUAGAAAUUUUAGAAGAAAAUGAUUCAAAAGAGUUUGUCGCAACAAAAAGCUACUGUGGUGAUGACAAACCAGCUAUAUUUGUCGGUUCGGGAAGUAAAAUUAAGGUUCAUUAUAAGCAGAGUGUUCAUUUUGCUGGAACUGGAUGGAUGAUUAAUUUCAUGGGAAUUCAUGAAGGUUCAACUCCAUCCGAAUGGUAAACUGUUUAUCUUCCUGAAUUCAUUAACAAUUCAAUGACUUUAAAGUUUAUUUUCUCGCUCAAUCUUGGAAAAUAUUUUUCCUAUUUUUUUUUUGUUCAUUUAUAGCUGAUUAUCUUUUAUGUAUAUUAUCACGGAGUUACUUGUUUCCAUGCAUACAUAAAUUUUAUUACCAUUUUUUUCUGACUGAGAGUUUAUAAUAAAGUUGAGAAAUGGGUAAAAAGGUGAA